UGAGGGAAAAAAAACCUAAGGGAAAGAUGUCUACAUUUGCCACCCACCCGAAAUCGAUUGUAUUACAUUCAAGAAGCUUCGCACUUGACGUAUAAAAACAAGACGCAUGUUCUCAAGAAAGGCACGAGACAACAGGAACUGUUGGAAGAUAUAAUUUUUUCUGACAACUUUGCGUGAACAUCAUUAGCGGUAGAAACCACCUACCAAUAUUCGCGCUGGAAAGCCAUGAGGGCUGAGAAGAGAUGGCACAUAUUGUUGAGUAUGAUUAUUUUGCUCAUCACCUCCAGCCAAUGCAUGGACAGCAAGGAGGUAAAGGAGUCGGAAAGGAAAACUCUGCUUAAUCUAAUCCUGCAAGUGAUCGAGGACAAGCCCGCGUCCAGACGCGUCACCAGUGGCCUCUACUCUAUCUCUCAUGAUGUGAAGUUUUCCUCUCGUGAAAAGACUGCACAUUUGCCCAAGCCGGACAACAGCAGACCAAUAGAUGUUGUCCCAAGAGACAUAAGUGUGAAAGACAGAUUUAUAGAACAUUUUACAGCAGGACCAGUCAAGUUUCCAUCUGAAUGCAGGACACAUUUCCAUAGAAUUUAUCACAAUACAAAGGAAUGUUCCAGACCAUCAUAUUAUAAAAGAUGUGCACGAUUGCUAACAAGGCUAGCUAUGAGUCCCCUUUGCACACAAUCAUAGAAACCGCAUGUCCUGAGGAUUUAAACGAAGAAACUCCAGAGAUGUUGGAGUACAUUUUUUCCAAGGAAGUGCCUUCAAAUCACUGCAAUUAACUGUUUUUUUUUCCACGUCAUUUCCAUUUCCAAAGUAUAGUACAAGUUUUUUUUUUUUUUUUUGCUUAUGUUUAUUUUUAAGUUAUGUUUGUUUUAAAAUGCUCUUAAAAUAUAGUCUUGUUUAAUAGCUUUGCUUUUUAUGUUAUGAGUUUUAAAGAAAGUAUUAUUUAUCUUUGCAGCCAAUUAUUUAUUUAAAUGAUAUGUAAAUAUUCCGUCCUGAUUGCAUUUGAAUAUGUAUCUCAUUAAGCCACCAUUACUCAAAUAUAUUUCUGUUCCAAAUAUAUUAUUUCAAAUCUAAACAUUUUAUUUAAUUCCUUACACUUUAAAAAAAGGAUUGUGAAAUAUCUUACCAUGCUGUCUUUCCCAUGAUAUCUACCAUUGGCACUUAUUGAAAUUCAAAUGAUGAUUUAUUUCGAAUUAUAAAAACACAUUGUUUGAUAACAAUGGUAAUAUUGCACUGAUGCUUUGAAAGAAUAAAAACAU